CUUUCCAAUGCUGUUUACAGCAUUUUUCUUAAAUAAAUAGGUGGAGAGAAGGAAUACUAAAAAAAAAAAAAGAAAAUUAUUUUUGCCAUGACAGCCAUUGCUACUGCUACUGCUAUUUCUCUUCCGUUCUCUUUGUGCCGCUCUACCAAGUCUUAUACUACUAGAAAGUUUGUCAGAGGGAGCUUUGGAGUACUUGCACUGUAUGGGGAGGAGGCUGGGGGGAUUCCAGAUAAGAAAGAUUCCUGGUUGACACUCUUUAAUGUGGAAGAUCCCAGGACUAAAGUUCCACAAUGUAAAGAAGGCAAGUUCUUGGAUGUGAAUCAAGCUUUAGAAGUUGCUAGAUAUGAUCUACAGUACUGUGAUUGGCGAGCUCGCCAAGAUGUACUUACUAUAAUGCUCCUGCACGAAAAGGUCGUGGAAGUAUUAAACCCUCUAGCACGUGAUUACAAAUCUAUUGGAACCAUGAAGAAAGAACUUGCAGAGUUGCAAGAUGAACUUUCUCAGGCUCACAACCAGGUACACAUAUCUGAGGCCCGGGUUUCUGCUGCUUUAGAUAAGCUAGCUUACAUGGAAGAGUUGGUUAACGAUAGGCUUCUGCAAGAGAGAAGCACAGAAGAAUCAGAUUAUUCGUCUUCCUCUGCCAGCACGUCAACAGGAUUAUUAGACGCUGUUAAAAGCAAGCAACCACGAAGAACCCUGAAUGUGUCAGGUCCUGUCCAAGAUUACAGUUCCCGUUUGAAGAACUUCUGGUACCCUGUUGCUUUCUCCGCAGAUCUUAAGGAUGAUACCAUGUUACCGAUUGAUUGCUUUGAGAAACCGUGGGUGAUCUUCCGUGGGAAUGAUGGAAAACCUGGAUGUGUCCGGAAUACAUGUGCACAUCGAGCCUGCCCCCUAGAUCUUGGCUCAGUGAAUGAGGGUCGCAUCCGAUGCCCUUAUCACGGAUGGGAGUAUUCCACUGACGGGAAGUGUGAGAAAAUGCCAUCAACAAAAUUACUGAAUGUGAAGAUCAAAGCACUGCCCUGCUUUGAGAAAGAAGGAAUGAUAUGGAUUUGGCCAGGAAAUGAUCCACCUGCAGCUACCCUUCCUUCUUUACUACCACCUUCUGGAUUUCAAAUCCAUGCAGAGAUAGUUAUGGAACUUCCGGUGGAACAUGGACUACUUUUAGACAAUCUUUUGGAUCUUGCACAUGCUCCUUUCACUCAUACAUCAACCUUUGCUAAAGGAUGGAGUGUCCCAAGCUUGGUAAAGUUUUUGACUCCUGCAUCUGGUCUGGAAGGAUAUUGGGAUCCGUAUCCAAUAGACAUGGAAUUUAGACCACCUUGUAUGGUUUUGUCCACCAUUGGAAUCUCAAAGCCAGGCAAAUUGAAGGGUCAGAGCACCAAGCAGUGUUCUACGCACCUUCAUCAACUUCACGUUUGCUUACCUGCAUCACGAAACAAGACACGGUUAUUAUAUAGAAUGUCACUGGAUUUUGCUCCCCUUCUGAAACACAUCCCCUUCAUGCAAUAUGUUUGGAGACAUUUUGCUGAGCAGGUUUUAAAUGAAGACCUACGGCUUGUGCUUGGCCAGCAGGAUCGCAUGCUCAAUGGAGCCAAUAUAUGGAACCUGCCAGUGUCUUACGAUAAGCUAGGUGUGAGGUAUAGAAUAUGGAGAGAUGCUGUAGAUAGUGGAGCAAAGCAGCUACCGUUCAGCAAAUGAAUAUACAACUAUUUCAUCAAGUACCGGGCUUACUUCUCAAGAUGAUUUUGAUCUCUUACAUUGUCAGCUUGUGCCAAAAUUCAGUUCAGUUGCUGAGAAGCUCUCUGAUCCCUUCUGUAAAUAUAGCUGUACACAAUUUUUUUGUAGGUUCGUGUACAGUCUGAGUAACCUUACAUCCCUCACCAACAAUUCUAUCCUGUCCUGUCUGCCACUUAGAGAAUUUCAUAGGCCGAUUCCCAGAAAUGGUUCUUCAUUCUUGUCAUAGCAUAAUUACUGAUCUCAUAUUGCUUUUAAGAGUAUUCUUUUUGCCAACAUGAAGCCAUAGGCAUUUUGAUCUUUGCUAGCAGUUUGAGCUAAGUUGUAUCAGUAUGACAGUAUUGAAAUAUUAUCCUUGUA